UCACUGUUGAGUAAGCCACAAAAAGGCUUCUCCAGAUUUACAGACUACAGUGGAAGGAAGAGGAAAAGGGAGGAUUAGGAGUGGGAAAGUAUUAAGUCAAAUGGAAAAGUAUUAAGUCUUUCAGCUUUCCCCCAUAUGGAGACCUCCAAAUGGAGUCACCUAGGCCUGAGUCUUUCAUUGCAGCAACUUGGAGAAAUUGCAGUGGGCUGGCUUUACACCAUAUCUGAGUGGAGAGGACAGCUUUCUCCUGUGAGCCCUGCCAGUUCUCUUCUCAGCCUUCCUGCAUUAACUUGGGGAUGAUGUGGGCCAAGGCACUAUGGAUGCUCCUUCUACUCUGCAAACUCAGCCUGGCAGUUCUGCCAGCUAAGCCUGAGAACAUUUCCUGUAUCUUCUACUACGAGGAAAAUUUUACUUGCACCUGGAGUCCAGAGAAAGAAGCCAGUUAUACAUGGUACAAAGUGAAGAGAACUUACUCUUAUGGAUAUAAAAGUGAUAUUUGCUCAACUGAUAAUUCUACAAGGGGAAAUCAUGCUUCUUGCUCCUUUCUUCCUCCAACAAUAACAAACCCAGAUAAUUACACCAUUCAAGUAGAAGCUCAAAAUGCAGAUGGUAUAAUGAAAUCUGAUAUAACAUAUUGGAACUUAGAUGCCAUAAUGAAAAUUGAACCACCUGAGAUUUUCAGUGUGAAAUCAGUUUUGGGCAUCAAACGAAUGCUUCAAAUAAAAUGGAUAAGGCCUGUGUUGGCUCCUCAUUCAUCUACUUUAAAAUACACUCUUCGAUUCAGAACAGUAAAUAGUGCCUACUGGAUGGAAGUCAACUUCACCAAAGAAGAUAUUGAUAGAGAUGAGACCUACAACCUCACAGAGCUACAGGCUUUUACAGAGUACGUCAUGACUCUGCGAUGUGCCCCGGCAGAGUCUAUGUUCUGGAGUGGCUGGAGCCAAGAGAAAGUGGGAACAACUGAGGAAGAAGCUCCAUAUGGCCUGGAUCUGUGGAGAGUCCUGAGGCCAGCCAUGGUUGAUGGAAGAAGGCCAGUGCAGUUGAUGUGGAAGAAAGCAACUGGAGCCCCAGUCCUGGAGAAGGCACUUGGCUACAACAUAUGGUACUUUCCAGAAAACAACACUAAUCUCACAGAGACAGUAAACACCACUAACCAGACACAUGAAAUGUAUCUGGGAGGCAAGACCUAUUGGGUGUAUGUGGUCUCUUAUAAUUCUCUUGGAGAAUCUCCGGUGGCUACCCUGAGGAUUCCAGCUCUUAAUGAAAAGACAUUUCAGUGCAUUGAGGCCAUGCAGGCCUGCCUCACUCAGGACCAGCUGGUGGUGGAAUGGCAAAGCUCUGCUCCAGAGGUGGACACAUGGAUGGUUGAGUGGUUUCCAGAUGUGGACUCAGAGCCCUCCAGUUUUUCCUGGGAAUCUGUGUCUCAGGCCAGGAACUGGACAAUCCAGAAAGAUGAAUUAAAACCCUUGUGGUGCUAUAACAUCUCUGUGUAUCCAGUGUUGCAAGACCGAGUGGGUCAGCCAUAUUCCAUCCAGGCUUACGUCCAAGAAGGCAUUCCAUCAGCAGGUCCUGUGCCCCAGGUGGACAACAUUGGUGUGAAGACAGUCACAAUCACAUGGAAAGAGAUUCCCAAGAGUAAGAGAAAUGGUUUUAUCAAAAACUACACCAUAUUUUACCAAGCUGAAGAUGGAAAGGAAUUUUCCAAGACAGUCAAUUCCAACAUCCUGCAGUAUAGCCUGGAGUCCCUGACACGAAGAACCUCUUAUAGUCUCCAAGUCAUGGCCAGCACCAAUGCUGGGGGAACUAAUGGCACCAAGAUAAACUUCAAGACAUUAUCCAUUAGCGUCCUUGAGAUUUUCUUCAUAACUUCUUUGGUUGGAGGUGGCUUUCUCAUUCUCAUCAUGUUGACAGUGGCAUAUGGUCUCAAAACACCCAACAAAUUGAAGCACCUAUGCUGGCCUGAUGUCCCCAACCCUGCUGAAAGCAGUAUAGCCACAUGGCGUGGAGAUGAUUUCAAGGAUAAGCUAAAUCUGAAGGAGUCUGAUGACCCUGUGAACAUGGAAGAAGAUCAGGUUCUAAAACCAUACUCUGCCCCCACUGACUUUAUUGACAAGUUGAUGGUGAACUUUGAGAAUUUUUUGGAAGAGGUUUCCACAGAGGAACUUGGAAAGAGUCAGGAAAACAUUUUGAAAGAGGAAAAGAAUAAGCAUGUGACUUCUCCAUAUUGCCUUUAUCGUCCUCCCAUUUCAACUGAGAUUCCACACAGAAAACCCCAGCAGCUGUGUUCUAGAAUACCAGAGGGGACCUGCUCAGAAACCAAAGAGCAACUUUUCUCUUCUGUUCAGAGUUUAGGGCCAGACCAUCUCUGUGAGGAAGGAGAACCAAAUCCAUACUUGAAAAAUUCAGUGACAACCAGAGAAUUUGUCAUGUCUGAAAAACUUCAAGACCAAGCCUAAAGAGAAGUUUAGUGUUGCUGUGGCUUGAAUCUCUCUGGGUCUCAGUGUGGGUGACUCUUUUUUUUUUUUAAUAAAUUAAUUUUUAUUGGUGUUCAAUUUACCAACAUACAGAAUAACACCCAGUGCUCAUCCCGUCAAAGUGUGGGUGACUCUUGCAGAGAGAAUGUAUCAUGACUUGCCAGAAGAGCUUCCUUGGCUGUUUCCCCACCCUUGCUUGUGUUAGAGAAACUCUCACAUACCCCCAAGGGGCUUCUUGAGCUUGGUUGGCACAGACAUGUAACUUGCCUGAGAAGGGGUGAUGAUACGUCUGAGCAUGUUGCCCAGGAAAAAGCAGUUUAUUUUUUUCAAUUUCACCCUGAGGCCUCUGAAACUGGCUUUAAGGAACAAUGGGGCUUCUAAGAUGGAUAUAUCUGGCCUUCCCUAGGAAUGAGGUCAUUGUCAGAGCUUUUGCUGGAGCUACUUCUCAGAGUUCCAGCAGACUUUCCCGGAUGUAAAAGGACAGAGGUCUGGUAGGAAGUGAGAGUCUCUCCUUAUACCUUGAUCUCCCCUGAGCUCUGGCCUCCAUCUCCAAGGCAGCACUGAAAUCUCACUUUUGAGAUUUUGUUUUUCCGUCAAUAUAGAGGUAGGGGAAAUGGAGUGGCCUUCCUGAUGGUGUGCCUGCCUGAGGUUUCUUAUUAACCUUAUAACAUCUCAAGUGUUCUGCAGCAGUACCUCCACUCAGGAUUCUUGCCAGUAGCUCACAGCACAUUGGCUGCUGGUUAAUCAAGGAAUGUGGGGAGGUCUCAGCAGGGCACUGGGGAGUAGACUCUAGGCUGGGCCAAAAGGUCCACCCCAAUCUUAACAUUGCCGAGCCCUGGAAACAAUUCCUGGAGGCCUUUGCUGCCACUUUCUAUUGCACCCAAGCCUGGGAGUAGGAAGGCACUAAACACUGCCUGCUUUUAGACAGUGACUCUGGGCCCUCACACUGGCUCGAGCCUGGGAAUGCUUCCUGAGCACAACCUUCAGGGCCUCUUCCCCGAACGACCUGAGUAGGGUGUGGAAACAUGGUGCUAAAAUUUUGCUGCUCCGUCACCAGGACUCCUCUCUCCUUUGCCUUGGCUGAACACAGAACUUACGACAGUCAAGGGAGCCUUUAGGCCAAGUGCUAAGGGCAGGCAGGAUUCAGUUGUCAAGACCUGGCAUAUUGACCCCAGUGGUGCCAGACGACUUCCUAGUGUGGGCUUUGAUUCAUCUGGUGGGUCAGGGAGGUGGCAAGAGCCUGGUGAGAUGGGGGGAGGCCAGGCAACAAGUGAGCAGCCAAGGGGCUGUGAAUCUGGCAUUUACCGGCCAGAAAGGCUGACGGUAUUUUUUUUUUUUUUUUAUAAGAGAGAAUAAGAAGUCAGUACUUAGGUAGCAGGCAUGCACUUCACAAGCCACCAGUUCAGAUGUGCAAAAAUAUCACUUUCCAGGAUCCUGGAAUUAUAACUGAAAUUAAUUUCUGGCCCAAGCCCUUGAUAUUUGGAAAUAACCAAUUUGGUGAUUUUUGAGUGGCUUUGGGUUUGAACUCAGUCACAUUCAGGAUUUUGACUCCCCUGUCCAACCUGGGGCUGAUUGUGAAUGCCACAGGAUUAUUCAGUGGGACCGCAGGGUUUUCUCUCCCGUUUGGUGUCUGCCUAACUCUGGUCUGGGGAUGUGCCUAUGCCCCCACCUGUUGGGUCACCUGCUGCUUUCCUCAGCCAAUUGCUGCAUCCUUACCCUGUGCACAAGCAGAUGGUGCUGUUCUCCAUGAGUUUUCUCCUCAUGAAAUCUCCAGUGUCCGCAGCACCCUUCCACACACUACACUGCCCCCCACCUGGAACUCUUCACGCCUAGUGUACUGAACAGUGGCUGCUGAGAAGGCAAGGAGUGAGGGAGGCCUGGGGCAGGGCACUGGGGAACCUGCCCCUUUGUACUGGGAGUAGAACGGAGCCAAACAAAAGGGAUACCCCAGAUCCAGCUGUGGUAGGCUCUCUCUGCUAUCUUCCCAACCUAUCUGUGGUGACUCAGGCACUUCUAUGGGCCCCUGCCCUCCAGAGUUUCAGAUGGAGACCUUUCCACCUGUGCCUUUGGACUUGUGCACUUAUAGGGAGACACUGGCCUUGUACCCCACAACUGUCCUCUUUCCCGUGGCCAUCUGCCCACUCCCACUGAGAGAUCUUCACAAAUUUUGUAGGGGCAAAGUGGAGGAGGAGGGGAGUGCCUGGAAUGAGUUCCCCUAAUCUUGUCUGUUUCACACCUAGAUGAGAUUUUUUUUUAAUGUUUGUUUAAAUUCAGUUUGCCAAUAUACAGUACAAUACCCAGUGUUGUUUUUUUUUUUUUCAAAGACUUUUAAAAUUUAUUAGAGCAAGUGAGCACAAGCAGGGGGAGCAGCAGAGGGAGAGGGAGAAGCAGGCUCUCUGCUGAGCAGGGAGCCCAAUGCGGGGCUUGAUCCCAGGACCCUGGGAUUAUGACCUGAACUGAAGGGAGAUGCCCCUGGAUGAAGUUUUUUAACCUAAAACUCAAGAAUGAGAUGUUUGAGGAGAAAGGAGAGGCCCCAGAUGGCUCCUGUGAGUGGGUCUCAGAGACGAAGACAUUCCCCUCUGCUCCUCCUCCCUUAAUCAUUCAUUAAAGCCUGAAGUGUCUUCUGGUGGACAGUUGGCAUAUGCCACACUCCUGGUCCUUCCGCUGCUUCAUGCCUCCCUCCCUUCUUGCCUCCUGUCUUUGGCUUUCCUGUCUCUCCCAGGAGCUGUUCAUAUUUUUAACAGUUACUCUUUUUUCUUUCUUUUUUUAAAAUGCAUUUUAUUUAAAUUCAGUUUUUUCUUUCUUCUAUCUUCUCUUUUUUUCUUCCUUUUCCACUAGCCUCCUUUUAUCAUUUUUCAUACUGACUUUUGCUGUCUUGAGGGCUAGGGAAACUGGGGCUCUGUGUUGUGUUCUAGAUGGGCUGAGAUAGGUCAUGGGAGUCAGUGUUUCCUGCCAUAAGGGGAGCAGGAACCCCAGAAGCUUCUUCAGCAGGCCACACACUGCUCUCCAGAGCAGAUUCAUAGGACAUAGGCCUAAAAGCUACAAGGCCACAGUGGCCUUUCUUUCCUUGGAUUGAGUCACAAAUUGUCCCCACUCCCAGCAUCCUGGGCUGACUCUGGCCUGAAAAAGCCAUCUGCAUUUUCUCUGUUAUAUCAAAGAGACGGAACACAAGCAGGAAAACUUGUGUUUCAGUAAGGUCAUUAAAAACUGAUAACAUCCCCAAUGAAGUUUUCUGGGGCUCUGGGAAUCAUGUAAACAGCUAUGUCAGUGCCUUAUUAAUGGCUUUUCUAAUAAUGCCAGAAAAUGUUAAAAGAUUGGCAGAAAAGCCACUGUGUGGCUGGGGAAAAAAAAAAAGUGAUACUCUCAUUGUGGUUUUUCUGGAGGCAGCAAAAACCACACCCAGUACAGACACUAUGGGGCCGGGAGGUGGGUUUUGAAUAGAGACAGCAGAUGGGGAGAGGGAGUUGGGAACAGAGAGGCAUCCGGUGUGGGUAGCAGGAUGCCCACUGCUGUUCCUCCCUUGUGUGGAGGAAGCCUGUGCCCGGCUGCCCAGACACCCUGAGGGCCUUCUGGCACUCUCUCCUGGCACACCCCUAGUUGUUGCCUGCUGUCUGCAGAUUGGCCCUCGGGCUAAAGCUGGACCUUGUUUUUCUAAGGCGCAUGACCCAGAAAUGAUGUUGAUAUUUUUAAAGGCUGGAUAACAAAACCAAAGGAAAAAUAAUGUUUAAUGACAUGUGAAAAUUCUAUGGAAUUCUAAUUUCAGGGUCCAUAAAUAAAGCUUAAUUGGAAAAGAGCCAUGCCCAUCUUUACGUAUCCUCCGUGUCAGCUUUCCUCCCACCGAGGCAGACCUGAGUUAGUUGUGAGAGAGAAUUUCUCCCACAAACCCUAAAAUGCUCACCACCUGGCCCCGUACAGGUAAAGUUCGCUCACCGCUGGGUAGCCCACAGACAGGAGGCUUGGACCACACAGUGUUGGCCCACAGAAUGUUUUAACUUUGAAUUAGCUGCUAAUUAAACAAAAUGGUCAUGAUCAUUCUGGAUUUCUGAGCAGGGACUGCUUCUGUAGGAAGGGCACACACUCUGCUCCCAGCCCAGGCUUCAUAACUGCCCACAGCUCAGGUGGAGAGUUGGUGGUUGCCUAUCACUCACUCCAGUGGUUCUUGAUACAGUUUAUUUGGUUUCCCUUCACCUCAAGGUAUUUGGCAAUGCCUUGAGGUAUUUUGGGGAGUGUGCUGCUGGCAUCUAGUGGGUAGGAGCCAGCAAUGCUGGUAGAGACCCUGCAAUGCACCAAAUAGCCUCCACAACAAAGAAUUAUCUGGCCCAAAACCUCAGUAGUGUUGAGAUUUAGAAAUCCAGGUUGAGCUACCUCUGCCCGCUUGCACGAGUGCUACUCAUUGUCCAUAGCUGAUUCCCCCACCCCCCACCCCCGCUUUUUGAAUUUAAAAUUUGUUUUGGACUCUCCUGUAACAAUACCACCAUCAACAACAAAAAUCUCUAAACACCAAUAAUUUGUAUCAUUUUUAGUCCCUUCCUGAUAUGAUCUGUGUGUACUUAUAUACGUGUUCAUCUCACUGCGUGUUAUAUAUUGAUUCUAUUGUAUUUUACCUUUACUUUCACUUACUAUUUCAUGUUUCAAAUUUCACGCGGGAACAUAGUCCAUCGUGGUAGCAUUAUGAAUGUACACUCAGGACUCCACGGUGUCCCUGCAUACUAUGGCUUGCUAAGGCCCCGUGUUUGAUAGGAUUGUUUUAAACAUCAUCUUUGUAUAGAGAGCAACUUCAAUAGAUGUUGUUCUUUGCACACUUCCCUUUCCUACCUUUGUCCUAACUCCUCGGGGGCUCUUUCUUAAGGUAGAUUUGCUGGAUCAAACUUUUAUAGUUGUUGUCACAUAUUGCAUAACUCUGUUCCCCAAGAAAGCUACAAUGGUUUGCAAUAUCGCCAGGGGUAUCUGGGGUAUCCUUUGACUUUGCUAUUGAUAAUCAACCAUUUACUGCUGUACACUGGAUUUUGUCAAUUUAUUGGAUAUGGUUAAUGACACUUAAUAGUUAUUUGUGUUGUUUAAGUCAUUGUGAAGACAAAGUUUUCCCGUGUGUAUUUUACAGUCUGCAUGUCCACCUGCUGACAUUACAGAAUGUUCUACCUCCAAGCCAUUGGGGCAUUGAGAGACCAGCUGAGCUGCUAGGCAUUUGAAGCCCUCAGCCAAACUUUACAACAAUGGGUUGACUUUGUCAUUUGGUUGACUACUUAAAAUAUGUGGGUUUUGUAGGGCAUUCAAAAGGAAAUUUCACAUUGAUGUGUUUCCUGUUAGUGACAAGGCCUAUUUGUAAUUGUAACACGGGACAUUAUCUGUGUCUUGUGCUUUUGGGGGGUGGACCAAUUAUGACAAUGCCAUUAGCAGUUCUUGUCAUGUUGCAGCUUUUACUCAACACUGGGGUCAGCGGGGAGCGAGUUUGCUCAGAAGUGCAAACGGCCCCAGUCCAUGUUGGUGAAAGCCUGGAGGUGCAUGGCCCUUGCUGCUGAGAAUGGUGUGAGAGAAGGCAAGGGGAGGAAGCCCACGAGAGUGCAAAGGCAGCAGUCACAAGCCUCAGAUGGUCAUUCAAGGGAAUCUAGGCGCACAUACUACUGAUUUCAUUUUUAGGAGCGGGAUUCUCUGUUCUGCCCAACCUCACUGUGUGUGUGAGCUAAAAUGCCAGGAAAGUAGCCUGUGGCCUGGACUUUGAAAUAGAAGUCAAAAUGGGCGAAGCAGAAUGGACACGCAGAAUGUUCUGAAUGAUUGUAAUGCAGAAGGCCAGACCUGUGUGCCAAGAGGAGCACUCUCUGUAGGCUCUGCAUGCUGUCUUUCCCAUGUAUUGUUCAGAAAUUGAUACCGUAUGUAAUGCAUGUGCGUGACAGUUCGUCCUCCUAAGCAGAAUAUGAAAAGGAGGUGCUAUAAUGCGAAUAGCCUUUAAAAUGCUUUACGGUAAGCACAUCUGUAUUUCAAUCUUUCAGGUAAUAAAACUGUAAUAACA